AUGACCAAGUGUAUUCUAUUUUUCACGGUUUUCUAUCUGUCAGUUGUUUCUAUUCUGGCCGACAUUGCAAUUGAUAUACCGGAAUUGACGUUCAUAGCUGGUGGAAAUGCCUAUUUUCGUAUUGGGGAUGCAAAAGAAUUCAAACGAGAUAUUGAAGCACUCAAAGUUCAUCAAGUUUAUCGAGUUUGUGAUGGGAAGAAUGAGAAGAUUUGUGGUUAUUGGGAGAGUUUGGAGGUUGGUUAGCCUACAAAUUUGAUUUAAAAAAAUUUUUCAAACGUGAAGAAGGAGAGACUUUGGAACAAGAUGUUCGUUUUCAGAACAAGCAAAAAGCGGCAAAGGCUCCAGUAACCACAAAAAUUGGCGAUAAUUUGGUUCUUCAAAAUGUCACAGUAGCUGAUUCUGGAAACUACAGUAACGAUGGCGGUGCUAUUUAUUUUGUUCGUGUUGUAGAGAUGCCAACAUCAAAUGAUUGA